AUUCAUAGUGUAUAUAUCGUCAUCUAAGUUUGAACAUCAUCAUGUGUGCGGAAGGGUCGCGCCUUUUCUGGCGCCGCCAGACACGUGGCGGGCGGCGGCGGUCAGGGGUUUGUCGGCUGUGGGUUUCUUCAUCUCCUUGGAUGACAAUGACGGCAAUGAUGACGGCGUGGUCGCUUUCAGGAUGUGAAAGUACUUGAGGGUGAUACGCGCAUCGCGCAGUGCGGGGGUCUGCAUGAUGGCUUGGACGUACGCGUCCAUGAGGGCGCGGCCGUGCUGUCGGUCCUGCUUCUUCGUGUACGGCAACGACGGGCAGCCGACGCCGACGGCGGCGGCAUGGGAUUCCAGCGCGUCGUUGAACUUGGCCACUUGGAGCCGAUCGCGAAUGAUGUCGAAGUUGCGGCCGGCGUUCAGCAAUUCGUCGUCAAACACGGUCACGGAGAACUCAAACUUGUCUUCGAUGGGAAAGAACCGCUUGACUGUGACUGUGAAUGGACCGGGAGGGGUAUCGUCCUGGUUGUUGGACUCGAUCGAGUGCUCCGAAGAUGACGAGAACGAAUGGACGGUGCGAGUCUUGAUGGACAGCACAUCUGGCAAAGUCGGGUCGGUGUUGUUGUUGCUGCUGUCGCCAUCUUGGCUGGUGGCGGCGUCGGGCGGACUGUCGUCCACGGCAGGUUGUUCUUCUAAUGUAUCGUCAGUACUCACGGAGGACGCGACGUGAUCUGGCCUUUCGUCGUCUGCAUCGUCGUCAUACGGCAGAGUCGGAAUACCGCCAAUGCUGGACCCACUUUGGACAGACGUGGCUGCGGCAGAGACACCAGGGACUCGCGGGGUCGCCACAAACGAAUCAAAGAACCGAGACAUAUACGGCGUGCGAGGCGUCGAUGAAGUCACCGAGUCCAUCGUGGUAGCUCGUUUCUUGGAGAGGAGAGAAUCGACAAGGUCGCCGUCGUGGGAGACCCGACUGCUCGCGUUGCCAAACAUUUCGUGUUCGCCUAGCGACUGGUAGAAGUGCGAGUCGGACAUACUAGGUGUCGAAGGCACUUGUUCCGGCGCUCUGGCGCUGCGCUUGAACACGUGGCUUGGCUCGGUGUCCGCAGUGCCAAGACAGCAACUCACAACUUGCCCCAUCAAUCUUCGACGGAAUAUAUCCAAAUGCUGUAGGUC